CUCUUUAUAAAGUGGCGGCGCCGGCUGCUGCGAGUCUCUUGUGUGAGGAGCGGGGCCUCGUGCGGCGCAGCAUGGCGGACUACCUGAUCAGCGGGGGCACCUCCUACAUCCCGGACGACGGCCUCACCGCCCAGCAGCUCUUCGGGGCAGGGGAUGGGCUGACAUACAACGACUUUCUUAUUCUUCCCGGGUACAUAGACUUCACAGCAGAUCAGGUGGACCUCACCUCUGCCCUGACCAAGAAAUUAACCAUUAAAACCCCGCUAGUGUCGUCCCCAAUGGAUACAGUAACAGAAGCAAACAUGGCCAUCGCUAUGGCGCUGACUGGUGGCAUUGGAGUCAUACAUCACAACUGCACCCCUGAGUUCCAAGCUAAUGAAGUCCGAAAAGUGAAAAAAUACGAGCAAGGAUUCAUUACCGAUCCUGUGGUGCUGAGCCCCACGCAUCGGGUACGAGACGUGUUUGAGGCGAAGGCCCGGCAUGGCUUUUGUGGGAUCCCUAUCACAGACAAUGGGAAGAUGGGGAGUAAACUAGUGGGAAUCAUAUCCUCCAGGGAUAUUGACUUCCUUAAACCGGAGGAGCACGACGUGCCCCUGAGCGAGAUCAUGACCAGAAGGGAAGAUCUGGUCGUCGCUACGGCCGGCGUCACACUGAAAGAAGCAAACGAAAUCCUCCAGAGAAGUAAAAAAGGCAAAUUGCCGAUCGUUAACCAGAAUGAUGAGCUUGUGGCCAUUAUUGCUCGGACAGACCUGAAGAAGAACAGGGACUACCCACUGGCUUCUAAGGAUUCCAAGAAACAGCUGCUCUGCGGCGCCGCCAUAGGAACCCAUGAGGAUGAUAAAUAUCGUCUGGAUCUUCUUGUGCAGGCCGGAGUGGACGCAGUGGUCUUGGAUUCUUCUCAAGGAAACUCCAUAUAUCAGAUAAAUAUGAUCAAGUACAUCAAAGAGAAGUAUGAAGAUCUCCAGGUGAUCGCAGGAAACGUGGUCACCGCCGCACAAGCAAAGAACUUGAUUGACGCUGGAGCUGAUGCACUGAGGGUGGGAAUGGGAAGUGGAUCCAUCUGCAUAACGCAAGAAGCUGCUCCAACGAUCCCUCCAGACCUAAAGUCUCACAGCCCCAAAUGCCCCUCUAGUGUGACAGGCUCCUAUAUCUUGGCGUGUGGGAGGCCUCAGGCCACGGCUGUGUACAAAGUUUCCGAAUACGCAAGAAGGUUUGGGGUGCCGGUCAUUGCCGACGGUGGGAUUCAGACAGUUGGACACAUUGCAAAGGCGCUGGCCCUCGGUGCCUCCACAGUGAUGAUGGGCUCCUUGUUGGCAGCGACCACAGAAGCUCCAGGUGAAUAUUUCUUCUCGGAUGGCAUACGGCUGAAGAAGUACCGCGGUAUGGGCUCACUGGACGCCAUGGACAAGAACGUGAGCAGCCAAAAGAGAUAUUUCAGUGAGGCGGAUAAGAUUAAAGUGGCCCAGGGUGUGUCCGGUGCUGUACAGGACAAAGGAUCCAUUCACAAGUUUAUCCCAUAUUUGAUUGCUGGCAUCCAGCAUUCCUGCCAGGACAUAGGCGCAAAAAGUUUAAUGCAAGUCAGGGCGAUGAUGUAUUCCGGUGAGCUCAAGUUUGAGAAGAGAACCAGGUCUGCUCAGGUGGAGGGAGGCGUCCAUGGUCUUCACUCAUAUGAAAAGAGACUCUUCUAAAGUUGCCGAGCCUCAUCGUCUGCCACCGUCCACAGCACAGAAUGUAGCCUCUGCCCGAAUCGCAUGUCCUCUGCUGUGGAGAUCAUCACAGCUGCCUUUUCGACCCUGUGUUCAUAGCAAGGGAUUCUGGGAAAUACUGUUCAUUGUCCUCACUACUGCGUCUGGAGUUUUGCAAUAAAAAUGUAAAAUCUUC